UAACAAGCACCAGCAUAGGCCCAUCGUUCCAAGAUUACACCAAGGCAUUAAAUUUUAAAACAUUGCAUGGUCCUUGAACCUUCGGAUUUAUAGAGAGGUCCUAAAUCCUAAAUCAUUCAGAACCCGGCACACCUAAUCCCCAACAUUACUCUAAGUGUGGAAACAAAUUCACUCGUCCAAGUCUGCAUGCAAUUUUCUGACGCGGUUGAUAAACAUUUACACCUUCUUAAAUAGACCACUCAUUCGCUCAUAUUUCUAAUUGUAGCCCUUCCUUCUCACAUCUAAACCCCUUUUGUAUUAUUCCAUCUCAUGCCAUGGAUUUCUAUGGAAAAGGAUCUCUCCAUAGUUUGAUGGACAAGGAAAAUAUGGAACUUCAACCUCAAUUUCACCUCAGCGUCCGAACCCAUAAAGAGACAAGCAAACAUGAUGUUCAAUUAAGCUCGCCGAGGCCUUCUAACUCUGACGCCACAAUGUUCCCAAUGAUGCCAUCCCCUGGCCCUGAAUCGCCAUGGACGCGUUCCCCGCACCCAGUUUCUCCUCCUCCUCCUUCGCUUCUUUACUAUUGCAUCGCUUCGCUCCAUCGACACGACGGUAAUAUCUACGCAAUCGCAGCUUCAAGGGGCUUAGUCUUUACUGGCUCUGACAGCAACAGAAUCCGGGUGUGGAAGCAGCCCGAUUGCAUGGACAGAGGAUACCUCAAAGCUAGCUCUGGCGAAGUCCGAUCCAUUUUGGCUUAUAGUGACAUGCUCUUCUCAACCCACAAAGACCGCAAGAUUCGAAUUUGGAACUUCAUGGUUUCUGACACCUUUAAAUCCAAAAAGGUCGCCACACUUCCCAGAAAAAACUCGUUUCUUCUGUUCUCCAGAGCAAGCAGCGCCCAGCAACAUAAAGACUCCGUUUCUUGCAUGGCUUAUUACCAUUCAGAAGGGCUCUUAUACACUGGAUCUCAUGACAGAACAGUGAAAGCUUGGAGGGUCUCAGAUAGAAAAUGCGUAGAUUCAUUUGCGGCACACGAAGAUAAUGUUAAUUCACUGAUGGUGAACCAAGACGAUGGUUGUCUUUUCAGCUGCUCCUCUGACGGAUCGGUGAAAUUAUGGAGGAGGGUCUACACAGAAGACUCGCACACCCUCACAAUGACUCUUAAAUUCCAACCUUCCCCUGUCAACACGAUGGCAUUGAGCACAUCCUUUAACCAUUGCUUUCUCUACUCGGGGUCUUCGGAUGGUAUGAUUAAUUUCUGGAAGAAAGAGAGAUUGUGUUAUAGAUUCAACCAUGGAGGGUUUUUACAGGGUCACCGUUUCGCAGUUCUUUGCCUAGCGACGGUGGGGAACUUGAUAUUCAGUGGAUCGGAGGACACAACGAUAAGGGUGUGGAGGAGAGAGGAAGGGAGCUGUUACCAUGAGUGCUUAUCAGUUUUAGAUGGACACAGAGGGCCAGUAAGAUGUUUAGCAGCCUGCCUUGAGAUGGAGAAGGUGGUGACGGGGUUUUUGGUGUACAGUGCGAGUCUGGACCAAACAUUUAAGGUGUGGAGGGUGAAGGUUUUGCCUGAUGAAAAUUUGUGCUUGGAGUGCACUGAUCAGCGCGACGCCGGGAAGAAGAUUACAGAGUACGAUAUGAGUCCUGUUUUGUCGCCGUCGUGGGUGGAGAAGAAACUUCGAGAUACCUAUUUCCAGUGAGAUUCCGGAAAUCACUUCCCCCGGGUCCCUCACAGUCACAGGUGUUUGUGUACCAUUCGCUAGUGCGAACUCCAUGGUCAAGUUAUGUACUCUAUUUCUUAAUUCUUAAUUAGCCAAAUGCUUCAGUAACUCGGCAAGUAAAUCAUCAAUAAUAUUUUUUUAGAUAACAAAA